UCUUUUACCAACUUUUGAGUUGUACCGACCAACCGCUACCUCCGGUGUGUGCAUAGGAUUAGAGAGGUCCCUGUCCUGAACUCACUUUUCUUUUGCUUACUCAACCCUCAAACCCAUCACAGAGUCACGCAGAUCCUUUUCUCUCAACCAACUCCACCUUUUCCGAUUAAUUUCCCAGUUCCUUUUCUUUUAUGAUUUUCAGACAUUAUAUUUGGUAGAGAAUGAAAAAAAGAUCAAAACGCGGUGUGGAAAAAGAUGGGUAUAUAAGGCAGAUAGAUUGGGAGCUCAGACCCGGUGGCAUGCUUGUCCAAAAACGAGACACUGGGGAUGCCUCUUCUGGACCUAUGAUCAAGAUCAAGGUUUCUCAUGAUUCUUAUUACCACGAUGUCACUGUACAUUGUCGAUCAACUUUUGGCGAUCUGAAGAGAAUUCUUGCAAAUGAGACUGGAUUAGAGCCAAAGGCGCAAAGGUUGUUGUAUAGAGGAAAAGAGAAGGAUGAUGUUGAAUGUUUGCACAUCGCAGGUGUAAAAGAUAUGUCUAAGAUUAUGUUAUUGGAAGACCCAGCUAGCAAAGAGAAGAAGCUUGAAGAAAUGAACAAAAAUCAAGGUAUACUGAAAGCCUAUGAAGAGGUUGCCAAAGUUAGAGCACAAGUUGACAAGCUCUCUCAAAAGAUUGAGAAUAUGGAGACAACACUAUGCAAUGGUACCAAGGUCGCAGAUACGGAGAUUGUGGUCUUAACAGAGUUGCUCAUGGUGGAGUUGCUCAAAUUGGAUUCCAUUGAGGCAGAUGGAGAAGCAAAAGUACAGAGGCGGGUAGAGGUUCGUCGUGUACAAAGUUUCGUUGAUACACUCGACAACCUAAAAGCAAGAAACUCUAAUCCAUUCAGCAAGAGUAGCAACUCUGUCUCAGUGACUACAAAUUGGGAGAGUUUUGAAUUGGGGGUUGGAAGCCUGCAUGCCCCAACCCCAUUGAAAUCUUCUACCAAGAUAACUCAAGAUUGGGAAUUGUUUGACUAAAGCUCAAGUUAAGCUGGUUUUGUAUAAAGUUGGAAGGACAUAUAUAUACAUCACGACUAUGUAUUGUUAUAGGACCCAAACUUGUCAACUAAUAUUGAUUGUUGAUAGAGCUGGUUUGGUAGCAACUGAGGGAAUGGCCUAUCCUUGAACAAUAUAUGUACCUGUAUAUAUAUUAUAUGGUUUUACUCUCUA